UGCAUUUGAAUAAAAAAUCUUUUACUCACCGGAGGUGUCCGAUCUUGGCCAGCGCCGAUAUCCCCCACCGCCCCUUGGAAGUCCUCACCUUUUGAAAACUGGUGGGAGAGACCUGACAAGGGAUAAUAAACUUGACCACAACCUAAUGGUGCAGAUGCUUACAAUGUGAUCGAAGGAGUCUCUAUGUAGGCCGGGCUUUAGUCCAUCAUAGUACAUGCUAUCCUCAAAAAUGUCACUGUCCUUUGCUUAUAGUGUGUUUUUCUAUGCUUUUUCCCAAGUAGAAGACAAAUACAUACUUGCUGGAAUAUUUUGUAUUGAGCUGUACUCAUGAGCAUGCAUAUUAUAUAGACAGAUGAUUGAUAGUAAAAGGUGCAGUUAAGUGUUUACCUGUAAAAUAAAUCAUAUAUAUAUAUAUAUAUAUAUAUAUAUAUUUCCAUAGAACAACUCUACUUCGAUAUUCAGCAAGCCAAUAUUACAUAAAUUCACUGAUAGAGAAAAGCUUUAAGAAAGAUGUAUACAACUGGUGAACAUGAAAUAUGGAGAAUACCUAUGGCAACCAGUCAAGCUGUUCCAGCACCUGCCUUUAAACCUGCCAUAACCGUAUGGAGUAUUGGCAGUCAGGGGAUAUAACAUUGUUUUUAUUUGCAUAGUUUUUUUUAUUUUUUAUCAAUGAUAUGUAUUCUAUAAGACAAUGUUAAUAAAUAAGAAUGUAAAAAUUAAAAUAGCGUGUACCAUUCUGUAAAACACCUUUUAUGUGCCUCUACAGUUAUCAUCAUUGUACAUGAAAUGGUACUAUAACAGUAAAGCGUAGUACAAUUCAAGUAAAAGCAAAGACACAAAACAAAACAAAGGGAAAGUUGAGACACUGAAUUAUUUAAGCAAUGUAAAAGGCAUUGUAUCUCAGGGAAAUCGGUAAUGAAAUAUGACAUCAUUUAUACACUUGGAGGUAUAGUAUUUCAUUAAAAUAUAUUUUAAUAUAUCAACAAGUAUGUCACAAAAUAUACAUCUUAGGUACGGGAUUGCCUUUUAACAAUACUGGUAAAAGCUGAGACUGUAUACUAUAAUGGGGGAUUUAUCAAAGCGUACGCAGAAGAAAAGUAGAGCAGUUGCCCAUAGCAACCUGAUUGCUUGUACUCAUUUUGAACUUUUUUUUAAAUUAUUUUAAAUUAAAAAAGCAAUCUGAUUUGGCUGUUAUGGGCAACUGCUCCGUUUGUCCUCUGCAGAAGUUUUGAUAAAAGAUUCCCAACAGGUCAAUUCCCCAUAUGUUGUAGAUAUAGCAAUGAAUCUCACACAGAUGGACACUACAGCACUCAGUAGAAAGCUAAGGCAAGUAACAGUUUCCUUUUUUUCUUUUCUUUUUUUUUUAAACAAAGCUCCAGAUCUGUCCCAGAUAUUCAGUUGGAGAAGGACACAUUGCACCCGCUCUGGUACAGGUUGCUGGGUCAUAUUAAUGUGCUUGCUUUGCAGUCUUAGUUGCUCUGCUCUGAGACCUCUGUACAAGGUCCAGACACAAACAAAUACACAGAUAUAAAACCAAUGCUGAAGACUCAUGCAAUCUGGUGUACGGUUCCCAAAACAAUUGAAUAGAAGGAAGUUCUCGUCACUGACUUUUUCCCUCUGUGAAGGCUCAUUUCCUUCCUAAACUUAGCUUCACUUAUCUAGGUUGUUGGACAGAAGCAUGGAGUAACUGCUAGGUGGAAAAUGGAUGCAUUUUUACGUGUUCUGCUAGUGCUCUGCUUGUCUUACGGAAUAACAGAGAGCUUUUUAAUAUACCAUGACCAGAAGAAUGUUUGUAUUAACACUGGCAAGUUUGUCAGCGUUACCAGAUGUAAUGCGACAUAUCGAAGCCAGCACUGGAAAUGGACAGAAAAUGGAACACUACAUAAUGUCAAAUCCUCCAUGUGUCUGGGCAUCUCUUUUGCUUCAGCAUCGCACUCUCGUCCGGCCAUUCUUGUUGACUGUGCUAAGGCUCCCACAUGGACAUGCCAUGAAAGUGAACAACUUCUAGAAGUGGCAAAUACUUCUCUAUUCUUAAGAAAACAAGGCUCAAAGGUCAUUGUAAAAAAAGGAAAAAAAUACCCUAAUACCUGGAAAAGAAUGGAAGUGGAUACAAAUGGAAAAGUUGCAAUUGAAAGUAUAUGUUUAAAUGAAGAUCAUGACCACACUACAGUGAGCCCAACAACAAAGACAUUAGCAAAAACUACCACCAUUACACAAUGGACGAUAACUGCCAACACCACGGAGCUCAACCAUGUGACUGUUACACGUGUAGACAGAGACACGGACACUGUGAGUCAGCCCCAGAACGAUAGUCUGCUGUCUACUGCUACCACACAAGUCUGGGUUGUAACAACUCUGGCCUCCCCCAGUUUAACAACAAUGGAUGUGGAGCCAGUAAAAUGCAUCAUCAACAUCACUGAAAGCAAAGUUUCCUCGCAGUCUAUCUCUGUAAAGUGGAGCAAUCCAGGCAGUCCAUGUAACUUUAGCAUGACAUGCAGUUCAGGUGACAUUUGGGAGGCCACAUGUAACCUCAUCCCAAAGACAAAUGACUCCUACGAAUGCACACGGAGCGGACUCGAGGCAGGAACUCUAUACGAUAUAAGCAUUGUGGCUUUGCAAGAUGGAGAAACAAAGAACCUUACCUUACAAACAGACCCCCUCCCACCUUCUAAUUUUGAAGUGCGAAGAAAUACAGUCACAUCAGCCAGUUUUCAGGUUUCCUGGACACCCUCUCCUGGAUGGGUAGAUCAAUAUGAAUUGCACUUGCUUAAUAAUAAAGGGGAAAGUAUACAGAGGUUUAACAUCAAUGGAAAUGUCCCCCAAAAAGAAGCUAUGUUUACAAACCUGACUCCAGGCACCCAAUAUGAAAUAACCAUAACUGCUAUUUCUGGUAGCAAGAGCAGCGCUACGAUCUCCAUCAAUGGUUCCACAGUUCCAAUGCCUGUGAAGAGUAUUGAUGUUUCUAGUAAAUCAGACAGUAUUCAUGUAUCAUGGAUGCCUGGUUCUGGCAAUAUAGAAUAUUACACGGUUUUCUUAUUGCUGCAGCAAAAUAUAAUGAGUGAAGUUACUCUUGAUAAACAAAUGACUGCACACACAUUUAAUGGACUCCUGCCCGGAUAUAUCUAUAAUAUCACAGUCACCACUGAAGCUGCAGGCUUGCAAAACUGGAACUCUAACUUGGCAAGAACAGCUCCUGCGGAGGUGUCUGAUUUAUCUGUGCUGAAUGAAGGGAGUUCCACAAAAUUAAAGGUUCGCUGGAAAACACCUCGAGGCAAGCUAGAUUCCUACAAUAUCACUUUAUCUGAGAAAGGAUCUAUCAAAUACAGCAGAACUCUAAAUUCUGCCUCCACGGAAGUCGCCUUUAAUGAUCUAACACCAGGCCGGUUGUAUCAGGUUAAUGUCACUUGUAUUGCUGGGGACUUAAGCGCUGACAAGAUGGCAGCCGGCAGGACUGUUCCAGAGAAAGUUACAGACCUAAAAGCGACUAACAAUGGAGUCAAAUCUCUCCGAGUAAGCUGGGUGCCACCUGCUGGUGACUGGGAUCAAUAUCAUCUUGUGCUAUACAACCAGUCUACUGUUUUGCUGAAUACCACUGUAGAAGAGCACUAUAGAGAGUUCAUCAUUCAGGAUGUGGGACUUAUACCUGGAAGACAAUAUGAUGUUUCUGUGGUUGUGGACAGUAAUGGCUUAAAAAAUGCUGCUUACUGCAAAGGAAGAACAGCUCCACAAGCUGUCCAGCAGCUCCGGGUUAAGCAUACCAAUGAAUCAUCCUUCGGCAUCUCAUGGGUGACUCCUCUUGCAGAAUGGGACAGUUAUGUGGUUUCACUUGCAGACAGAGACCUUAUUCUUGUAAACAAAGUCCUUGCUAAAGAAGCCAAAGAGUUUACUUUCAAUGACCUAGUGCCUGGAAGGAAGUAUACAGCUAAAGUUACUAGUAUUAGUGGGGAUCUGAACAACUGGGCUUCUGUAGAAGGAAGAACAGUUCCCUCUCAAGUUACCCAUUUAAAUUUAGUCAAUCAAGGAAAAACAAGCAGUCUAUACGGAGAGUGGACCAAAGGUCGGGGCGAUGUGGACUCUUUCCAAGUUCUCUUAAUACAUGAAAAUAUUGUGAUAAAGAACGAGAGUGUAUCUAGUGGCACCAAUAAAUAUCAGUUCCACUCCUUAAAGCCAGGAGGACUUUACUCAGUAGUAGUGACAACGCUCAGUGGAGGCAUGGCAUCUAGACAAUCCCUGGCUGAAGGCAGGACAGUACCAUCCAGUGUAAGUGGCAUUAUAGUCAGUAACAAUGGCCAGAGUGACUACCUGCGCAUAUCUUGGCUACAGGCUAUUGGAGAUGUAGAUACAUAUGUAGUAACUUUAUCCCAUAAUGAUAAUAUCCUUCCACCGGUCACACUCUCCAAAUCAAUCCAUGAGUGUUCCUUCAGCGCUUUGACACCUGGAAGACUAUACAAUGUGACUGUAACAACCAAAAGUGGAAAGUUUGAAAACUAUUCCUUCAGCCAAGAGUGGACAGUUCCCUCUGCUGUACAAGGGCUAACAGUGAGCAAUGCAGGAAGAAGUGACUAUCUCAAAGUGUCCUGGCUGCAUGCUGUUGGAGACUUUGACCAGUAUAAAGUGACCAUAAAGAACAACAAUAACUUUAUAAACACUACAUCAGUCAACAAGAUGCAAAACGAAUGUGUUUUCUCCAACUUAGUACCUGGCCGACUGUACAGUAUAACUGUAAGCACUGAAAGUGGAAAAUAUGAGGCCAGUGCCAUGACCAGCGGCAGAACCUUCCCAGAGGCAGUAAAGAAGCUAACACUUGCAAGAAGAGGCAGUGAGGAGCUCCAUGUUACAUGGUCAAGAGCUGAAGGAGAUGUUGAUCGCUAUGAGAUACAGUUACUAUACAAUGACAUGAGUGUCCUUCCACUGAUCACACUGAGUAACACAGCUUCUGAAUACCACUUCACCUCCCUCACUCCUGGUCGUCUUUACAAGAUAGUUGUGUUGACAUUUAGCGGUGAUGCACAGAGAUCAACAUUUGUAGAGGGGUUAACAGUGCCUAGUGCUGCUAAGAACAUCUACAUUUCACCAAAUGGAAUGACUAACAGCCUCAUCGUAAAGUGGACAUCUGGUGGAGGAGAUGUAGAUUCAUACAUGGUAACAAUCUUCCGUCAGAACUAUCUGAUAGAAUCUCAGACUAUAUCCAAGAACAUCUAUGAACAUUACGAAUAUACCUUCAACAACCUGGUUCCAGGGGAACAGUACAAAGUUGUGGUGCAGACUAACAGUGGAAGUUUAAACAAAAACAUAACAUCAUUUGGACGAACAAUGCCUUCAAUGGUUCAAAAGCUGUGGGCCGAUAAUGAAUACAACAGUCAUCUACUGGUGGUCAACUGGCAAAGUGCACCAGGGAUAUCUGACAGAUAUGAUCUUCUUCUUCUUACUAGCCAAGGAGUUCUAAUAACUAAUAAGUCUGUGUCAGCUACCACAAAAUCACAUAAGUUUGAGGCCCUGGUUCCAGGAAAAAAAUACAAGAUCCAGGUGUUUACAGUCAGCAGCGGUCUGUUCAGCAAAGCGGCACAAACUGAGGGACAAACAGUCCCAGCAGCAGUGACAGGUCUAAAAAUCACAGGGAACAGCACAGACAGCCUGUCAUUCACAUGGACAAGUGCAGAGGGAGAGUUAGAAUCCUAUGACAUCUUCCUAUACAAUCCAGACAACACUCUGCAUGACCGGAAGCCUGGCGUACAAAGUCUCACCCAGAGCUCAUUUCAGGGGUUGCUGCCAGGUCGCCUUUAUAAAAUAGUUAUUGUAACUCACAGCGGAUCUCUGACAAAUGAGUCCUCAAUCCAUGGGAGAACAGUUCCAGCCUCUGUGACCAAUCUGCAAGCAUCAAACCGGAAUACAUCUGACAGCUUAUGGUUUACAUGGACCCCAGCACUGGGAGAUGUGGACAUGUAUCAACUGGUUCUCUAUAACCCUAAUGGGACACAGAAAGAACUGUUACAAGCCAAAGCCAUUAGAGAACAUCAUUUCCAAAACUUGAUUCCUGGACGCCUGUACAAGCUGGUCAUAGUGACACACAGUGGUGACCUGAUCAAUAAAGUGACUUCAGAGGCCAGAACAGCUCCUCAGCCUCCAAAUUCAGUGUCAUUCACUGAUGUGAAGAAUACCUCUUUGUCCAUAACUUGGCUGGGACCCCCAGACUGGACAGACUAUGAUGACUUUGAGCUGCAGUGGACACCUUCAGACCCAUUAGUGGUGUUCAAUCCCUACAGCAUUGGCAAGUCUAACGGAAGAAUUAUCACUGGCCUUCGACCUGGACGUCUCUAUAAAUUUAGUGUAAAAAGUGUCAGUGGCAAUGUAAAGAAGACUCUGAGCUUGUCUAUUACAGGAACUGUGAGAACAAAACCUGAUAAGAUACAACAUCUUCAUUGUCGGCCUCAGAAUUCUACUGCCAUCUCUUGCUCGUGGACACCUCCUGAUUCUGACUUUGAUGGAUACACCAUUGAAUAUAAGAAGAAUGGAUCUGAUGUAGUGGAGUACUCCAAAAGAAUUGAGAAACACAAAUCCGCCCUUACAAUCAUGCACCUAGAACCACAUAAGAGAUAUGUUGUAUCCAUCAAAGUGCAUUCAGCGGACAUGAUAAGCCAAGUGGUAGAAGAAAGCACCAUAACCAUGAUAGAUCGUCCUCCUCAGCCACCUCUUCAUGUCCGAGUGAAUGGAAAAGAUACUAUGAUUAGUAAAUCAUCAAUCCACUUCAGUUUUAAUUGUAGCUGGUUCAGCGACACCAAUGGAGCUGUCAAAUACUUCACCGUGAUUGUGUCAGAAGCAGAUGGCAAUGAAAAUCUGAAGCCUGAGCUAAUGCAUCCCUUUCCAACAUAUACUGAUUAUAAACAGAACAGCUCUAUUAGAAUCUAUCAGACGGACUACUUUCCCAGCAGAUGUGCUGAAGUCUCUGACUACAAUAUUCCAACUUUCAAAAUUAAGUUGGGCGGUGAAGUGGAAAACUUGGGAGGAAAAUGUAAACUAAAUGAAAAUACAUUCUGUGAUGGCCCACUGAAACCAAGGACAUCCUACAGGAUUAGCAUUAGAGCUUUCACACAGCUGUUUUCUGAAGAUUUAAAGGAAUUUUCAGAUCCGCUGUUUGCUGACACUUUUUUCUCUUUACCAAUCACAACAGAAGCGGAGCCUCUGGUGGGAGUCAUUGAAGGUGUCAGUGCUGGUUUAUUCCUCAUCGUGGUCCUGAUUGGAGUUACAGCUUUACUGAUCUGCCGCCAGAAAUGCAGGAGAGUCUAUGAUCAGGGUCACAUCAGAGCACAAUCGCAUAGAGAAAUGACCUCAUCUGUACAUAUAAACAUGGCUAAUAAAGGGAACAAGAGAUCUUCCAGUCCGAUCAAAGCCAACCAGUUUGAGGCACAUUUCAGUAAACUUCAGGCUGACUCAAACUACCUGCUAUCCCAAGAAUAUGAGGAUAUUAAAGAUGUUGGGCGAAACCAAUCUUUUGACAUAGCACUUUUACCAGAGAACAGAGGGAAAAAUCGAUACAACAAUAUAUUGCCUUAUGAUUUUACAAGGGUAAAACUCUCCAAUGUGGAUGAUGAUCCAUGCUCAGACUACAUCAAUGCCAGUUACACCCCGGGCAACAACUUCCGUAGAGAAUAUAUUGCAACACAAGGGCCCCUCCCUGGUACCAAAGAUGACUUUUGGAAAAUGGUGUGGGAGCAAAAUGUGCACAACAUCGUGAUGGUGACUCAAUGCGUGGAAAAAGGACGAGUAAAAUGUGAUCAUUACUGGCCUUUUGAUCAAGACUCAUUGUAUUAUGGGGACCUCAUAGUUCAGAUGCUGUCAGAGUCUGUGCUUCCCGAAUGGACAAUAAGAGAGUUCAAAAUCUGCAGCGAAGAUCAACUAGAUGCUGCCCGAUUGGUCCGACAUUUCCACUACACCGUGUGGCCUGAUCAUGGAGUCCCAGAGACCACACAAUCCCUUAUCCAGUUUGUACGAACUGUCAGGGAUUAUAUUAACAGGACACCAGGAGCGGGCCCUACUGUGGUCCAUUGCAGUGCUGGAGUUGGCAGAACAGGGACAUUCAUUGCUCUGGAUAGAAUCCUGCAACAAGUGGACACAAAAGACUCAGUGGAUAUCUAUGGAGCUGUGUAUGAUCUCCGACUUCACCGUGUGCACAUGGUUCAAACUGAGUGUCAAUAUGUGUACUUACAUCAAUGCGUUAGAGAUGUCCUCAGAGCAAGAAAACUGCGAAACGAGCAAGAUAAUCCUGUGUUUCCAAUUUAUGAGAAUGUGAAUCCAGAAUACCAUAGAGAAAAUGUAUAUGCCAGGCAAUAAAUCCCCUAAUUCCAUCUGCUUCAAUCAAGACAACGCUACAUUUGGCACCAGAUAUUUGCCCACAUCUAUCAGAAGUGGAGUAAACUUUGCCAAUUUCUAAGUUAAAUUUACGACUGCAUUUGAUAAAUCUGUCACAACAUACAUUCCUGCCAUUCACCCUGGCAGAAAGUACAGCACAUUCUAUGCCAGCAUUUGUGUGGAGUAGAGAUGCAAUAGUUUUAAUUGCAACUUUUUUACUUAAUUCACUCCAUUUUCCCAAACGGAUUUGCCUUGGUGCCAGUAGAUCUGAAUUCUGGUGCAAUUGUUUACAAUCAUGUCAAAUAUUUUGGGGGAAAAUGUGACAGAAAAAGUAUGAAUACGUUGAUAAAUAUGGGCCACAGAGCAUGUCUUCAGUAUUUCUCCUGCAUCUUGUAUUUUAUAUGUAAUAUAUCUGUACAUCCAAUUAUAUCUCGUCAUAAUAUAUGUAAAUACAAACUUGUUUAUAGACAGUUUACUUAGUAUUAGUAUUUUUCAUAACAUUGAAGACUCUGGAUGAACUAUAGCAAUUCCCCGAUAGCUGACUGUUUACAUUGUGUCGAUGCAGCCAGCACAUUUGCAUUAGUGCAUUGACAUCUUAAUGACAUAUUAUCCAGUCAGAUCUGUGCCAGAGAACUCUUCAUCAUCUGUCAAACUGCAUGUGGCUAAGAACAUUUAUUUCCAUGUAAAAUAAAGAAACAGGAACAAUCUGUCAGAGAAAUUUAAAGGGCUUAACUCAUGAACCAUGAUGAGUGGGCCUGUCUCCUGUGUACAAAAUGUUAAUGCGUUCUAUAUAAAACCAAGAUUGAUCAGUUCACAAUUGUGGCUUUUGUCACUACUUCUCUAUUUUCUAUUCCAAGCAAUAAACCCCCAUAGUAGGUUAUUACAAUAAAUUGCAUAGCCUUGGUUGGAUGAGAUGUGUUUCUGCACCUAGAAAUCGACCAAGCUGUAGACCCCUAGUCCAGUCAUGAAGAAAGUUGGAUGAGAUGUUGGAGACCUCCAAGUUCUUGCAUUGGUACAUUGAAUGGAUCAUCUAUCUACACCUGCUUCAUAUGGCAUGGUGACACCUACAUUGCAAGAAAAGAUAGCACCAAACAUACAUGAACCUGGCCAUGUACAGAGUCUCUAGUUACUAUAUAUGAUAAUGGUGCUUAUAAUACAGCUACAUGGAAUAAUUGACUGAGAAUACAUAAAAAAUGUCAACUGUUGGAUGUAUCAAACUGUAUUAACCUUGGAGUUUUGAAGCCCUGAAACCCAGCAAUGUAUAUUUGCCCCCAUGACAAGCACUUGUGUAAAUGACGCUUGCCUUAAUUGAAGCGAAUCAUACAAUUGCGAUAUAAGCUAUAAAGAAUGGUGAGAGAUGUAUUUUGUAAUGUUGGCACUUAACCAGUGGUGUUUGAGUAGUAGAAGCCUAGCUAUGUGUUUAAAGGGGUACUCCGGUGAAAACCUUUUUUCUUUUAAAUCAACU